ACCUUCCCCACGCGCAGAACCCUCGAAAUCAAACUCGAUUCAUUUCCCCUCUCUCCCUCUCUCUCUCCCCAUAAAUCCGUACCCCUUCUCCCUCCAUCGCUUCGAUUCUCAUCUCUCAAUGGCCACCAAGCGCAAGUCGAAGCGAUCUCCGGCUUCUUCUUCCGCCGCGAAGAAGCUGAAGCAGGAGGAGAAGGAUGUCUUUUUGCCGGAGAGUAGUGAAAUCGAAACCGAAACCGAAACCUCAACGGCGACGAAGGCGAAGCCGAAGCGAUCUAAGGCUGGAUCUUCAUCCGCAUCUGCGAAGUUGAAGGAGCCGGCGGUGGAGGAAGAGUCGGUACUGGAGAGUACCGAAACGGCCGAGAAGGUUUCGGAGAGUAGCGAAACGGCUACAAUGGAGGCGAGUGUGCCCAAGUCGAGGAAGUACAGUAAGAAGGAGAGUAAGGGGAGCGGUGGUUCUGAGGCUAAUAAUGUGGCUGAUGAGGAUGUGGUGAUGUCUGAGGCUAGGUUUCUCGGUGAGCCGGUUGAACCGGAGGAGGCUCGCCGGAGAUGGCCCCACCGAUAUGCUGCUCCUCCGACUCAGAAGAAGGCAAACAACGCCAACGAUGAUGAAGAUUUUCUUGAGGGUGGUCGACACUUCACAAAGGCAGAGGUUGAUGGAUGUAUCUAUGAUCUUUAUGAUGAUGCACAUGUAAAAGCUGGCAAAGGAGAACAACCUUACAUUUGUAAAAUUAUAGAGAUGUUUGAGGCAGUUGAUGGGCUACCCUAUUUUACUGCUCAGUGGUUCUACAGAGCGAAAGAUACUGUCAUAGAAGGUUGCUUCGAUAUUGAUUCAAGGCGUGUAUUUUAUUCAGAUGUUACAAAUUACAAUGAGUUGGAAUGUCUUCUUGGGAAACUGGAUAUUGCGAGAUUUGGUUUAGAUAUUGACCCUGAUGUAAAGUGCAAACUGAUUGAGAGCUGUACCUAUUAUUGCGACACUAAAUAUCUGUUGCCUUAUUCCACCUUUGUCAACUUCCCACCUGAAAAUGUGCAGGCUGGAAGUGAUAACUCAUCAACAAUUUCCAGUGAGAUUGACAUUAGCUGUUCUCGUGCGGUUAACUCGGAACUUGAAAAAACUUCCACAGUUGUGGAGCAAGGCAAACCAGAAGCAACUGUACUUGACUUGUAUUCUGGUUGUGGAGGGAUGUCUACUGGCCUAUGCCUUGGGGCAAACUCGGCAAACUUAAAUCUUGUUACGAGAUGGGCUGUGGAUCUGAAUGAACAUGCUAUAAAAAGUCUGAAGAUAAACCAUGAAGAAACUGAGGUUCGGGUAGAAUCUGCGGAUGAUUUUCUCUCAUUGCUGAAAAAGUGGAAGGGACUUUGUGUUCAUUUUAAAGUGGUUAAACCUGAUGGUUCAGAAACACCGUUCAGUGUAUUCACAACAAAAGAUGCUAAAGAGGAAGAGGAGGAUGUGGAGGCAGAGGAUGAUGAUGAUGAUGCAGAAUCUGAAGUUUAUGAAGUUGAAAAAAUACUUGGUAUACGUUAUGGAAAAGCCAAAAAUGGAGAAGAGAAGGAAUUGUUGUUUAAGGUCAAAUGGAAAGGAUAUGGAGCUGAGUAUGAUACUUGGGAGCCCCUAGAUUUACUGACGGGUUGUGAGGAGAGCAUACAGGAAUUUGUUUCUCAUGUAUACCAGUCCAAACUGUUGCCAUUACCUGGUGAUGUGGAUGUUGUAUGUGGUGGUCCUCCAUGCCAAGGAAUUAGUGGUUUCAAUAGGUUCAGGAACUCUGAAAGUCCAUUAGAUGACGAGAAGAACAAGCAAUUGGCUGUCUUCAUGGACAUAGUAGAUUAUCUAAAGCCCAAGUAUGUGCUGAUGGAAAAUGUAGUGGAUCUUUUGAAAUUUGCUGAUGGGUUUUUAGGACGGUAUGCUUUGGGGAGGUUAGUUGGAAUGAACUACCAAGCAAGGAUGGGUAUGAUGUGCGCAGGUGCAUAUGGUCUACCUCAAUUCCGUAUGCGGGUAUUUUAUUGGGGGGCCCUUCCUACUGAGAGGUUGCCUCAAUUCCCACUGCCAACCCAUGAUGUAGUGUUUAGGGGUCAGAUUCCUACUAAAUGGGAGCAAAACUGUGUUGCUUACAAUGAAGGCCAUGAUCAUACAUUGGGAAGAAAGCUUUUGUUGGAGGAUGCACUCUCAGAUCUUCCCGAGGUUGGAAACAAUGAAAACCGUGACGUAAUGCCUUAUGGAAAGCAACCUCAGACAGAGUUUCAGAAAUUUAUUCGGCUUAGCAAAGACGGUUUUCUAGGGACUUCAAAGAAGUUGCACUCAAAUGAGAUGCUUUAUGAUCACCGCCCUCUGAAAUUGAAUGCUGAUGAUCAUGAACGUGUUUGUCGUGUCCCUAAGGAAAAGGGUGCGAACUUUAGGAAUCUACCUGGGGUUCUUGUUGGUGCUGAUAAUAAAGUAAUGUGGGAUCCAGAAGUAGAGAGGGUUUUAUUAAAAUCUGGGAAACCUUUGGUCCCUGAUUAUGCAAUGUCAUUUGUGAAAGGACAUUCAUCAAAACCUUUUGGACGUUUAUGGUGGGAUGAGAUUGUUUCCACAGUUGUUACCCGGGCGGAGCCGCAUAAUCAGGCAAUUUUGCAUCCUCAACAAGAUCGGGUAUUGACAGUUCGUGAAAAUGCAAGACUACAAGGAUUUCCUGACUACUACCAGCUUUCUGGCCCAAUCAAAGAGAGAUAUAUGCAAAUUGGAAAUGCUGUAGCUGUUCCUGUUUCACGUGCACUGGGUUACACAUUAGGUUUGGCAUAUAAGGGUUCUGCUGGUGAGGAUUCUUUGUUUGAGCUGCCCAAAGAAAUGCAUUUGCCUAACGGAUGUUUUGAAGAUGGAGAUUAUGUUUGAGGCUGAACCUUUUUCUUCAGCUAUAAAGUUUCAAAGAUUCUGUAACUGAUUCUUUGUGCAUCAUCUUCAAAUGAUGCAUAUCUUUUGUGACUGUAAUUGAAAUUCUAUCAGAUACAAUUUGAUUCAUGGUUGAUUUAUUCUAUCAACAUCAUUUUAA